AUGACUAAUGUUGCCGCCGCGCGUUCGCGGCCCAAAACACGGGUCGGUUUGGCCAGUUUGGGCGGCGGCGGCGGCGGCGGCGGCACUGGCAGUCGCUACAAAGUGACCGCACGCUGCGUGCCAGAAGUAAGCAUAACCUCACCGACCAACGGGCAUUAUCAUGAAUUACAGCCACCAUCGACGACAUCAUCCGCUUCACCAUCGUCCACGUCCACGUCAACGCCAUCGCCAUCGCCAUCGCCACAACCACCAGCAGUCACAUCGCAUGCGCAUUCGCAACAGCUCGCCAAUCAUCACUCAUCCGAACAGCUGCCAUUAAAAAAUCCAACAGCACAACAGUCACAAUUAGAAAAUCAACUUCAGUCGCAUCCACAGUCACAUCACAAACAACAACAACAACAACAUAAUAAUAAUAAUAAACAACAUCAUAAGAAAUCGAAAAGCAAGCAAAGUAGCGACAGCAACAGUCACUGCUAUAGCAACUACAACUACAACAACAUCAACAGCAUUAAUAAUAGCAACAGCCACAGCCAUAGCCAACCUAACCACAAUAUUAGUAACAGUAACAGUAACAGUAAAUCUUAUCUGCUGCGCAGUAAACACACUAACAACAUUUAUUCGUCAGGAGCCACACUGGUCGAGGAAGAGGACUUCAAUGAAUUAACAGCGGUACCUACAGCGACAAUUGUGAUAGCGACAAACGUCAACGGUAAAGUGCGCGUGAGUCCACAAAUAAGCGGCAACGUCUCAAGUUCCGAUACUGCUGUGGUCACCAGCAAGAGAACGGGUCGUCAUCUGCCACCGCCUUUGAAGCUGACCACCAUCACACGCCCAGGUCCGUCGUCAACGAAAAAUGCGCUAAAACGCCAACAGGCGACCCAGCAGCAACAACAGAAGCAGACGAGCCCCACAUCAGCCUCAUUGAAAUUGACGGCCCAAGCCAGCGAAGAGAGCCAACCCACUGAACUGACGCCUUUGGUAGACACCGACGAUAAAACACUAAGUCACAGCCCAGUAACGCCCACAUUUUCUUCGAAUACGAACACCACCAGCUCAACACAGCGUUCGAAUAGCACAGCGAUCGCCGCUUCUGUAUCGCCGACUAGUAUUGGUGUGGCCGCAACAACACAGUUUGGUGGCGGCUUAACGCCCGCCACGUCCGCAGCAAGCAUUAACGCCACAAUCGGCGCAGCGAAUUCGCCAAACGUUUACGGUCAACAGUCCAGCGUACCGGCCGCGCCAACGGCGCCUCCACCUACAGUGGUUGCCGCAGCUGCAGCUGCUGCCGCCGCCGCCACCACCACAACCUAUAGUCACAAUUCGAAGACCACCCGCUCCUGGCCGGUGAUCUAUCGCAAUCCACAUCACUACGACUACGAAGCGCUCUACGUACAGGCCAACAGCGGCAGCGGUAAAUCUACAACCGGCAGCAAUCAUCACUACCACCAC